CAAAGCUCGUUAGAAUUUCUUUGCUAUAUAAACUCCAUCACAAGAGAACCUCACAAGAUCUCUCAAAUCACCAUCGAGCUAAUCAAUCCAUCACAAAAGCGUCUGAUCAGCUCGCCUGCCCCGGAGACAAUGAAGAUCCCAGCUCUCAUGGUUACCAUCCUCGCCUUGGCAUUCACCGCAAGCGCCUCCGAUCCAGAUCCACUCCAAGACCUCUGCGUCGCCGAUACCAACAGCACCAUCCGGGUCAAUGGCUUCCCCUGCAAAGCCAUCCCGGUUGCCGCGGAUUUCAAGUCGGCGCUCAUCAAGAACCCGGGCAACACCAGCAAUCCCCUGGGAUCCAUCGUCACCGCCGCCAACGUUCUUCGCUUCCAGGGCCUCAACACCCAGGGAGUAUCAUUCGCUCGCGUGGAUUUCGCUCCAGGGGGCACGAAUCCCCCUCACAUCCAUCCCCGGGGCACCGAGCUCCUCUACUUGAUUUGCGGGAGGCUCCUGGUGGGAUUCGUCACGACCGGGGACAAUAAGCUCUUUUUGGAGACGGUGGAGGAGGGAGAGCUCUUCGUGUUUCCCAGGGGAUUGAUCCACUUCCAGCUCAACAUUGCUGCCACCCCGGCUUUUGCCGUGGCAGGAUUCAACAGCCAGAACCCCGGGACUAGUCAGGUGGCAAAGGCGGUGUUUGCGUCGGUUCCUCCGAUUGAUGAUCGUGUCUUGGCGAGGGCGUUCCAGAUCACUCCGGCAAACAUUCAGAACCUGAGGAAUCUUAUCAGCAAGACUUAAUUCACAAGACAAAAGGUUGCUAUUUUCAA